UUUAUUCAGUAGAGUACACAUACAUAGUUUCGGUUCGGUUAUUACAUACACGAGAGCGGCUUCUGUCUCUCUGUCUGGGGAGAGGCCAGGAGCUAGUCGGCGAGGUGAAAUAGGGUGCGAUUGUGGUUAGCACAUAGACACACACGUAACCACACACACACACACACACACACUUAGUUAGAGGGAAUCAUUUAUAGGUGAAAGUUUAAUCUGUUUUGCUUGGGGUUGCUUUUAGACUAUAUUAGGAGGAGCAAACAUAUUGGCAACCUUUGAAACCUUUGGAACUUCUGUUAUGAAAAUGAUUAUAAUCAUCUAUACACAAUUGCAUUUUGUGCUUAUGAAAGAGCUGUCGCUCCUUGGUCAAGUGAGGGUCAAAAACUUUUGGUUGGCGUUAUGACCAGCCAAUCUACUGUGAGUUUGACUGGAGCUGUGGAAGGAUCGCAACACACUUUACAAGACAUGUAUAUCAGGUUAUUUUUAUGAUCUCUUAUUUGUUUACAUUCUUUGAUUAAGUUUUAAGUAGUACCAUUUAAGUAAGACAUUUAUUCAAUAUGUUACACAUCAGUUUCAGUUGUGGAUGUGCUGGCCUUUGUCUGGGGAGAAGGUGAGAGGUGAGACAAAGUGCAGCUGCGGUGAUGACAUAACCACAUACAUACAUACACCGAGUAGUAGGCCCAUUUUGUGGUAAAGAGUUCAGAUUUAAUUCUGCUAUAACUGCAAGAAUGCUGGCGUACGCGACCGAGCUGUUUCAGGAAACCGAUCUGCUGGUUCCAGCGAUAAGCGACAGCGGUGAGACGAGCUGUGACUAAAUAAUAUCAAUGCAAGUCCUUUUUCAAUAAAAAUGUAAUUUUAAAAAAAGAGAUCAAACAUAAUGUGAUUUAGUUGCAUUUAAUUAGUGUGUCAGCAAAAUUAAAAAAGUUACCACAAAUAGUUUUUUAAUGUAGUAGAAGUUGGAAUGUUUGUCAGAGGGUAAAAGUUCGUACUGCAAAGUCAGAAACAUCGAGCACGAUGUCGUUAACUUCAGUAAGCUUUACUUCGUUUUUUGAGGCAACGAGUUUGCAGGGGUUUUUUAAGUUCUGGGAACUAAUGAGAGCCUCGGUGCCCCCCCAACCCCACCCCCACCUAAUACUAAUAGGUUAGAUAGAGCACGAGCAGCAGUGUGUUUGAUGAUGAGUAGUCUGAGGUUGGUAUGUAUGAUCCCACAGACAUGCUCUGAAACAUGCUUGAAUCUUUCCGUGGUGCCUGUUUUAUUUACAGCCACAUUAAAACUACAGAAGCUGAGCCGAGUGCUGACGAGCACAUUUACAUCCAGCUCUUCAGAAUAAAAGCUGAAAGGUCUGUUUUAUUGUGGAAAGUAAAAGUCACUGCGAUUGGCAGAUUGAGGCCCACAUGCAGCAACUGGUGCCAACGGAGAGGCGGGCUGGUCAGCCGUGUCGUCAUGGAGGAGAUCAGGGAAAUGAAGCUCGUCUGCUGCAGAACCAAAACAUGGAGGAGACGAUCAGAGAGUCUCAGGACAGGAAGCUGCCCUGAAGCAGAGCUGCUUCUGCUUCCAGGAGGAAGAAACACAAAUGCUCACAGAGCUCAUCGCAAAAGUUUAGAAGAGCGCGUGAUGAUAAAAUCUGAUGAUGUCAUAGCAGAUCUUCUGACUGUGUCAGAGUAACGGGAACCUCCGUUUUCCAUCUAAGUGAACUGUGAUUGGUUGAUUUCCAGUGAGAUGCACAUCUUCAUCUGACUUCGAAGCUCGUGGAUCAGGUGGUUCUGACAGGGCACUUCCUGCUGUAACUUCUUCAGCUUGUUCAAAAUGCUGCUGCCCGUCUCUUCAUGGCACACAGCAUCCUGUCUUCUCUUCAUCGGCUUCCUGUUUAUCACAGAAGUCCUAACGUUGGCUUAUGAACGGUCCUGCUCCUCCAUACCUCUGUGAUGUUCUUCAGCCUUAUAUUCUCUCGCCGGCCCUUAGAUCAGCUGACCAGCUGCUUUUGGUUGUCCCGAAAACUAGGCUGGAACUUGGAGGAGAACUUUUUCAACUGUGUCUCCCAAACUUUGGAAUACGUUGCCUUUAAAUAUGAGACAGGCAUCUUCGCUUCCUGUUUUUAAGUCUCUUUUUCCGUUUGGAGCGGUGUGAGUUGAUGUGCUCUUUGUUUUGUUUUUGUGCAGCACUUUGUGGUUUUAAAUGUGCUCUUUAAAUAAAAGCAGGCCUGUGAUUACAGAACAUUUAACUCCCAGAAUGCACUGCAGCUGAGAGCGACACCCGUCUGCAGGCCAGGUCCCGUUUCUGUGGCAACACUGCCCACGCACUCCAAAGGUCGCCUUGUUCGGGGGGAAGGAGUGACAGGUGAGCCUGGUCACGUGACCAUCUCUGUGACUGCACCCACAACCCGAUAGGCUGGGGCCAGACAGUGAUGUCAUCUGAUAGGCUGUAACCAAGCAACUGGGUGAAAAGGAGAAGGAGAGAAGAAGAGGAAGGCAGAAGUCGAAGAGGAGAAACGGAGGAGCAGAACAAGAGGAGACGAGAGAGGAGGAGGCGAUGGAGAGCAGCGUGAUCCGUCUGACUCACUGUCAGAAGGAGAUCUUCUGCUUCUCUGUGCCGGAGGAGUGCCCGAGCUGCGGGGAGGAGCUGAGGGGGAGCAGACUGCAGGAGGCACCGGUCAGCCUCCCCUCCCCCUUUACCAACGGGCACAAGACCUCCUGCUGCCUGCUGGUCGCACCUGCACACGACAACCUGGACAGAGACUUUGAUGGGGCGGCUGAUCUUCACACCGGCAUCUCCAACACCAAAGGUGUUGUGUAUAACUACACUCGUGGAGGCGUCCGCAGGGAUCAGAGCGGCUGGGAGCGCAGCGUCAGUGUCCCUCUGGUCCGACCUGACAUGUUCCACCUGCUCGCUCAGUGGGACCAGUACCUGGAGCGCUUCUCUGACGGGCCUAUGUGGGACCCUGCCUGGCACAGGUUCGAUGAAAACAACCAUAACUGCUUCAGCUUCUGUUUGCACUUCGUGAACGGCGUUCUGGCGGCCGAGGGCCGCGGCACUCUGAGCAGAGACGACUUCACCCACACCUUCAUCCUGCCGAGGAUGAGGAGGGUGUCCAAAUACACCACGCUGUACAGGCACAUCCAGAAACACCAGUUCUACACGGUGGAUCGACAGCAGCACGCUCAGGGGGCGGAGCCCAGCAGCUAGAGACCAGCCUCACCCACUGUGUCUGUGACCACUUAGUCGGACCCACGACCAGAAUGGAGUCCGUGUUAGUGUGUCAUCGGUCACAUGUGACGCUUCAGUGUCAGACCUGAUGUGCAAUGAACUCACCUUCACACACACACACACACACACACACACAGCUCUGUUUCAUGUAGUGAGCUCAGCUUUGGUUCAUGUCUGUGUGUGUGAGGCUGCUCGUCCUCCAUCUGACCUUCUUUCUUUAGCGCGUUAGUUAGGGCUGUGCGAUAUGACCAAAAUCUCAUAUCCCGAUAUUAAGACAUCUAUCGUCCGAUAACGAUAUAAAUCACAAAAAUGUAACAUUUUCUGUAAAUUCUGUGAAUCUCGGGCAGC